AUGGCGCCGGCGGCGGUCCGGCCGUGGGGGGAGCUGCAGCACGACCUCCUUGUGGCGAUUAUGUCCCGCGUGGGCGCCCCCGAUUUACUUUCUGGCGGCGCACCCCGUACCUGCUCUGCGUGGUGGGCCGCCGCUCGCGACCCGCUCGCAUGGCGCCGCGUUGAUCUCCGGGACUGGACAGCCCGGACCUCCGCCCGGCGCGCGGCUGGGACCGGUGCCACCAGAGGGAGCAUCUCCGUCCAGGCCGCUCUCACCGGCGACCUUGAGGUCGCCGCAACGCGGGCAGAUGGUCGGAUGGAGGCUGUGCUCCUCCCUGAGUUUGCCGAUGAAGAGCACCUCAUGUUCCUCGCCGAGAGGAGCCCAAACCUGCACUAUUUCAGCUUUCCUACCACAUGUAUGACUUCUGAUGACUUCUGUAUGGCGAUCACCAAACUUCAGUCACUUAAAGGCAUGGCGGUGGAUGAGAGUCUCAUUAAUUAUGAUGUCCUCCUCCAUGUGCACCAAUGUUGCACAGACUUUCUGGAACUGAAAGUGUUUGCUCUCUAUGUGGAUGAAGAUAUGGCCUCCGUAAUUUGCGAGUCCCUUCCGCGGCUGAAGAAGCUCGAGAUACCAAAUUCUGAUAUGUCCUGUGCCGCAAUAAUAAAAUUCCUGGAUUGCCUAGAGGAGCUUGAGUAUCUUGAUAUAUCAGGUUAUGAGACUUCAGCCAUCUCAAGCAGUGUGCUUCAUAAAGCUUCCAGGCUCAAGGCCUUUAUCUGGAACUCAAAGUUUGAGCUUGGCGAGUUCAUGGACUGCUCAAAUUGUGGCGAACACAACAUUAAUCCUCAGGAGCCAUCGGAUUCGAAGGAAAAGAAAAAGGAUGAGCCGGUCGUGCUCGCCCUUCAGCAAGUAAAGCAGAGCAGAAACUGGAACGCGAUGCUCCCACUUGCAAAAAAAGAAAUACAAAAGCGCAGGCGCAGCAACAGCUGA